CGCAAACCAGGGACGAUUCCAGGCACGGGGGGUCUUCAGCGACAGGCAGGCAGUCUCCCCCAUAGGCUUGGGACUCGGGUAACAGGCGGCAACCUACCACUGGGCCUCGGGCAACAGAUGGCAACCUACCACUGGGCAGGGGCCUCGGGCAACAGGCAGCAACCUACCACUGGGCAGGGGCCUCGGGCAGCAGGUGGCAACCUACCCCUUGGCAGGAGUCUCGGGCAACAGGCGGCAACCUACCACUGGGCAGGGGCCUUGGGCAACAGGCGGCAAUCUACCCCUGGGCAGGUGCUCGGCAACAGGUGGCAACCUACCACUGGGCAGGGGCUCGGGCAACAGACGGCAACCUACCACUGGGCAGGGGCCUCAGGCAACAGGCAGCAACCUACCACUGGGCAGGGGCCUCGGGCAACAGGCGGCAACCUACCACUGGGCAGGGUCUCA